GUGACGAUAUGCAAAUUUGCAUGUGCCGGCGAUACAUAUUUGUGAUAAUACCUAUAAUAUAAAAACAAAAAAGCAAGUGGCUAUCAUUCGUGUAUCGCAACUGACAGUUGAGCUACAAUGGCGGAUUGUGGUUGCGCUAAUCCCGGAUUCUAUGGACCCUAUUUGGGUAACAAUUGUGGAGGAGGCAGCUUCAUAGUUUUUAUGAGUUUAGUGGAUGCCAUAAUUAGGAAUACGUGCGAUGUAUCAGACGUCUGUGGAAGAGUUCAUGCCAGACAAGAGCCAGAAGCAUCUUAUGAUUUUAUUGUAAUAGGUGGUGGAAGUGGUGGAUCAGCGGUAACUGGACGUCUGGCAGAACAUCAGCAUUCUUCAGUCUUACUCAUAGAAGCUGGAAUUGACGAGCCUGAAACCUAUCAAGUACCUGGAUUGAUUUUACAAUAUUACACUAACCCAAUUGUUGACUGGGACUAUCGUACUUCCGAUGAACCCGUGGCAUGUCAAGGAACUAAUGGUAGCUGCACUUGGUUAAGAGCAAAAAUACUGGGAGGAUGCUCUGUUAUUAACGGAAUGAUGUUCACGAGAGGAACUCCACCAGAUUUUGAUAAGAGGUGGCGUGGGGAGGGCAUUAAAGGUUGGGGCUGGAACGACGUACUGCCUUUCUUUAAGAAAUUUGAACAUAAUUUACAGCCUGCAGAAUACGAUUCUCACUAUCAUGGUUACAGUGGACCAGUUACUGUGUCUGACCAAUAUUAUUUACACGACUUAGCAAAAGCAUUUGUUGAAGGAGCUGCAGAAGCUGGAUUUCCAAUUUCUAAAGAUUUAAACGGUGCAAACUAUACUGGAUUUGCUAAUCCUCAGUCUUACAUUAAAGACGGUUCCAGAGUCAGUAUGGCUAAAGCCUUCCUUAGACCUCAAAGAAAUAACCCAAAGUUGCACGUGAUGUUAAACUCCACUGCGACCCGUAUACUAUUCGACGACAAUAAAAAAGCUUACGCAGUUGAAUUCGUCUACAACAAUAAGACCUUCACUGUGAAAGCUCAUAAAGAAAUCGUUUUAGCUGCCGGAACCAUGAACUCACCUAAAAUCUUGUUACAAUCUGGAGUCGGACCAAAAGACGCUUUGGACGCUGUUGGAAUUAAACAGAUCCAUAAUUUACCCGGUGUAGGACACAAUUUAACUAACCAUGUAGCUUUUAGUAUGAAUUACUGGGUUAACAGUACAGUUGAUACUAAAAUCAUUACAUGGCAAACUUUACAGGAUUAUCUUAUAAAAAGAACUGGACCUCUCGCUAGCUCAGGACUUGCUGUUACAAGUCGACUUCCAUCUAAAUAUACAACCCCUGAUGAUCCAGACAUUCAAAUGUUCUUCACUUUGAGUCAAACUACUUGCUCCCCAGACGGCGAAGUUAAUGAACCAGCUGAUCCAGCUAAUCCUCAAAAACCACAACACGUUUCUAUUAGUGCUGUUAAUUUACACACCAAGAGUCGUGGUAGAAUUACGCUGAAGUCUAACGAUCCCCUGGCACCUCCACAUAUGGUAGGAAACUACUUAACGGUAAAAGAAGACGAAGAUAGACUCAUUGAUGCUAUCAGACUUGUUCAACAGCUUACAAGCAGUCCAACUUUAAAAGAUAAAUGGCAGUUUGUAUAUGAUAAUGUCACUCAUGGCACCUGUGCUGACGAAUAUACCUUUGACUCUGAUGAUUACUGGCGCUGUGCAGUUCGCUACGAUACUGGUCCAGAAAAUCACCAAGCCAGUACACUUCGUAUGGGUUCCACUGACGAUAUAUGGUCUGUUGUAGAUCAAGAACUUAGGGUUAUUGGUCUUCACAAUUUAAGAGUAUCGGACGCUUCGGCUAUGCCUGUGGUUACAAGCUCUAAUACUAAUGCUCCGACUGUUAUGAUUGCCGAGAGAUGCGCUAACUUUAUCCAUCGAAGAUGGGGACAUGUUUUGUAGAAGCUACUAAGUACAUUAAAUUAUUUAUAAAAUAAACUGCAAUUUUUGAAUU